GCCUUGUUUUCUAGCCGCGCAACUUACCAGUAGCUCCAGUCAUGCAGGGAGACCUGGUGCUGCUAUUGUUGUUGCUGGGCCUCAAGAUACAUCCGUCCUUUGGUGUCAUCCCAGCGGAGGAGGAGGACCCAGCCUUCUGGAACAAAAAGGCAGCAGAGGCCCUGGAUGUUGCCAAGAAGCUGCAGCCCAUUCAGACGUCAGCCAAGAACCUCAUCCUUUUCCUGGGGGACGGGAUGGGGGUGCCCACAGUGUCAGCCACCAGGAUCCUAAAGGGACAGUUGGAAGGCCAUCUGGGACCUGAGACACCCCUUGCCAUGGACCGUUUCCCAUACAUGGCUCUGUCCAAGACAUACAACGUGGACAGACAGGUUUCAGACAGUGCGGGUACAGCUACCGCCUAUCUGUGCGGGGUCAAGGCCAACUACAUGACCAUUGGAGUGAGUGCAGCAGCCAGAGUUGACCAGUGCAACACCACAUUUGGCAAUGAGGUCAUCUCAGUGAUGUACCGUGCAAAGAAAGCAGGAAAGUCUGUGGGAGUGGUGACCACCACCAGGGUGCAGCACGCCUCUCCAGCCGGCACCUACGCACACACGGUGAACCGUAAUUGGUACUCGGAUGGAGAAAUGCCUCCUUCUGCAGUUCAGGAGGGCUGCAAGGACAUCGCCACACAACUCAUUUCCAACAUAGAUAUUGAUGUGAUUCUCGGUGGAGGUCGCAAGUACAUGUUUCCCAAGGGGACGCCAGACCCUGAAUACCCAAAUGACAGUAGCCAAUCUGGAACAAGGCUGGAUGGAGAGAACCUGGUGGAGAAGUGGCUGAAAAAUCACCAGGGUGCCCGGUAUGUUUGGAACCGCCAGGAGCUCAUUCAGGCAUCCCAGGACAGAACAGUGACUCACCUCAUGGGCCUCUUUGAGCCAACAGACAUGAAAUAUGAUAUCAACCGAAACCCCUUAAUGGACCCAUCCCUCAAGGAAAUGACAGAGGUGGCCGUGAGCAUGCUGAGCAGGAACCCACAAGGCUUCUACCUCUUUGUGGAGGGGGGUCGUAUUGAUCAAGGCCACCAUGAGGGCACAGCUUACCUGGCAUUGACUGAGGCUGUCAUGUUUGACUCGGCCAUUGAGAGGGCCAGCCAGCUCACCAGUGAGCAGGACACGAUGAUCCUCGUCACCGCUGACCACUCCCACGUCUUCUCUUUUGGUGGCUACACACUCCGGGGGACCUCUAUUUUCGGUCUGGCCCCACAAAAUGCUCAGGAUGGCAAAACCUACACCUCCAUUCUCUAUGGCAACGGCCCGGGCUACGCGCUUAGUUCAGGCGAACGGCCCAAUGUCACCAGUCAAGAGAGUGGUGACCCCUCAUACCUGCAGCAGACAGCUGUACCCCUGUCAUCAGAGACCCACGGCGGGGAGGAUGUGGCGAUAUUUGCGCGUGGCCCGCAGGCACACCUGGUGCACGGAGUACAGGAGCAGAGUUACAUCGCGCACGUCAUGGCCUUUGCAGGCUGCCUGGAGCCCUACACCGACUGCGGCCUGGCGCCCCCUGCUGGCCAGAGCAGCACCAUCGCCCCUGCUGGCCAGAGCAGCACCAUCGCCCCUGCUGGCCAGAGCAGCACCAUCGCCCCCGCUGGCCAGAGCAGCACCAUCGCCCCCGCUGGCCAGAGCAGCACCAUCGCCCCGACCAAAGUCACAAACAGCGCAGCAGGCCAGGCCACUGCACUGUUGUCCCUGAGGCUGCUGCUUAGUGCGCUGUUGCUGCUAGUAGGGACACGCAUAGCGGCACCAUGAUGGUCCGGUGCCCUGCUAGGCUCCUCCCCAGUGUCAAACCGCUGGUCCCUUUCACCCCCACUCAGGGUUUCCUUUGCCCUAUCAGUCCUGAGUUCUAGUCCACAACUCUAGUGGCCACCUCUGAGAAAACACUCUAGGCUUUAUAACUUGCCCCGGGGCUUCUGCUUCUCAACUGUCUCUGGAGUGGGAGGUACCAAAUGAUACCCAAGAGGCCGAGGCCCAGGGUUGCCCUAGACUCUCCUUCACACCAUCACCCUUCACAGGGACCCAAGGAACUUAGCUUUUCAGGUCUUGGCUUGCUCCCAAGAAAUCCAAGCAGAGGUCCAGGAGGCCAUGGGGUCUCGGCAAGCAGCCCAAAGCAGUCUUGGCUUCCCCCCUGCCCAUCUCCAGCUACACAUAGAUACUGAACACGGGCUAUUUCCUACCUUUGGGGCCUCCAAUCUUUGAAGAGACAUAAUGACAAUAAAAUGAACUGUUACA